UUUGUGGCUCUUGUAGGAAUCACCUUUGUGCCAGGAACACCCCAAAUGACUGCCAAGGAGAUUCUCUAUCAGCUGCACACAUCUAAGGCCCAAUGCAUUGUGGUCAACAAGGCUGUGGUUCCACUUGUUGACUCUGUGCUGUCCAACUGCCCCACCUUGAAGACCAAGCUCUUGGUAUCAGAUAAGAGCUAUGAUGGAUGGUUGGAUUUCAGGGAUUUGAUGCGAGUCGCCCCUCCUAAGCAGACCUGUGUGGCGACCAAGAGUCAAGAUCCAAUGGCCAUUUUUUUCACCAACAGAACAACAAGUUCUCCCCAAAUGGUCGCAUUUUCCCACUAUGGUUUGGGAAUGGGAUUUAGCCAAACCUCAAGACAGUGGAUGGACCUCCAGCCGACAGAUGUCUUCUUAUCUGGGGAUGCCCUCAGUGGAAGCUUGUCACUGAGCAGUGUGCUGGGAGCUUGGCUCCAAGGAGCCUGCGUGUUUCUGCAUCACAUGCCAACCUUCUGCCCCGAGACUGUUCUAAACGCCUUGCACAGAUUUCCCAUCACCACUCUAUCUGGAAAUCCAGGGGUAUACCAGGAAUUGCUUCAACACAAACAUUUCAUCAGCUACAGAUCCAAGAGCCUGAAGCAUUGUGUGUCUGCAGGAGGACCCAUAAGCCCUGGGAUGAUAGCAAACUGGAAAUGCAUCACUAAGUUGAACAUCUACGAAGGCUAUGCGAAGACUGAAACUGGGCUGCUCUGUGCCACUUCCAAACAAAUGAAAUUAAAGCCAGGUUCUCUGGGGAAGCCACUGCCACCUUAUAUUGUACAGAUUGUGGAUGAAAACUCAAAUACCUUGCCUGCAGGAGAAGAAGGGAAUAUUGCCUUUCGUGUUCAGUGGAAGCAACCCAGCUCACUGUACUAUCCACACAUG